AUGACGGUUGCGCUCAGAUUCCAGGCUAUUGCUCGGCGGACGCGUCCUAUCUGGCCUCGCAAUGCCUUGCACAUGUCGCCCUGGCGGAGCUUCUCCAGCUCUACGUUGAGGUUGAAUGACACGCUGCCGUUGUUUGGGAUUCGUGUUUUGGAUAUGACAAGAGUUCUUGCUGGGCCAUAUUGCACUCAGAUCUUGGGUGAUUUGGGAGCCGAUGUUAUCAAGGUUGAACACCCCGUGCGCGGUGAUGAUACUCGUGCCUGGGGCCCGCCAUAUGCGAAGUACGAGGAUGAUUCGUCCAAGAAGGGCCCCGGCGAGAGUGCAUAUUACCUCGCAGUCAAUCGCAACAAAAAAUCUCUUGGGUUAUCCUUCCAGCACAAGUCAGGCGUUGAGAUCCUGCACAAACUUGCCAAGGAAUGCGAUGUCCUGGUCGAGAACUACCUCCCCGGUGGCCUUAAGAAGUAUGGAAUGGACUACGAGACUCUGAAAGAGAUCAAUCCCAAGUUGAUCUACGCCAGUAUCACUGGCUACGGUCAAACAGGCCCGUACAGCAACCGAGCUGGCUACGAUGUCAUGGUGGAAGCAGAAAUGGGAUUAAUGCAUAUCACCGGCGCGCGAGAUGGAGCGCCAGUGAAAGUGGGCGUUGCAGUCACCGAUCUAACCACCGGCCUCUACACCUCGAAUGCGAUUAUGGCCGCUUUGCUUGCCCGAGCGCGGACUGGCAAGGGCCAGCAUAUCGAUGCCUGUCUCAGUGACUGCCAGGUUGCUACCCUGUCGAACCUGGCCUCCUCUGCGCUCAUCAGUGGCCAAAAGGAUUCCGGUCGUUGGGGCACUGCUCACCCUUCAAUUGUACCAUACCGGAGCUACAAGACUUUCGACGGCGACAUUCUUUUCGGCGGCGGUAACGAUCGUCUGUUCGGUGUGCUGAGCGAUCGACUCGGAUUCCCCGAGUGGAAGACCGAUCCUCGCUUCAUCACCAACAGUGAUCGUGUGAAGCACCGCGCGGAUAUUGAUGGAUUGAUUGAGAAUAUCACACAGCAAAAGACCACGCAGGAGUGGCUGGAGAUCUUUGAAGGGAGUGGAAUGCCUUAUGCGGCUGUCAAUGACAUCCAGGGAACGUUGAACCACGAGCACGUCAAAGCACGAGGAAUGAUCACCGAGGUCGAGCACCCUGACUGCGGCCCGAUCAAGCUGGUUAACACGCCCAUCAAGUACUCUGAAGCAACACCUGGGGUGCGCAUGCCUCCUCCCACGCUCGGCCAGCACACCGACGAAAUCCUGGGAAGCAUGCUGGAUUAUGGAGAGGCGGAUAUUGCCAAGCUCAAGGAACAAGGUGUGGUAUCAUAG